CGGCCGUGGCGGUCUCGCGCCGCCAGGCGGCCCAUGGCCGUCGCGCGCCGGCCGGCGCCUGCGCACGUGCGUCGCUCUCGGGGCGGCCGGAAGCGGGGUCCCCGGCCGGCGGGCCCGGCGAGGGGCGCGCGGCGGGAUGGCGCCGCCGCGGCGGUGAGGGUGCGGCUCGCGUGCGGCUCGGCGCCGCCAUGGCCUGCACCAUCGAGAAGAUCCUCACGGACGCCAGGACGCUGCUGGAGCGGCUGAAGGAGCACGACACCGCGGCCGAGUCGCUCAUCGACCAGUCCGCCGUGCUGCACCAGCGCGUGGCCGCCAUGCGCGAGGCGGGCGCGGGCUGGGCCGAGAAGGUCGGGGGGGCGGCGGUGGCGGGGCGGUGGGGGGGCGGCGGGGCGGCCGGACCGACAGCCGUCUCUCGGCAGGGCCAGGGCGCGGCGGCGGAGCGGGCCGACCCGCCCGGGCUGCGGCCCCCGGUGCUACUGCCCCAGGAGAACACGCAGAUCCGCGACCUGCGGCAGGAGAACAGGGAGCUGUGGAUGUCACUGGAGGAGCACCAAGAUGCGUUAGAGCUUAUCAUGAGCAAAUACAGAAAGCAGAUGUUACAGCUUUUACAAGGGAGAAAAGGGGAAGAUGCAGAACCAGUCCUGAAAGUUCAUCAGGCUAAUUCCUUGGAAAUUGCAAGUCAAAUAGACAGAAUAUGUGAGAUGGGAGAGGUGAUGAGAAAAGCUGUUCAAGUCGAUGAUGAUCAGUUCUUUAAAGUUCAGGAGAAGCUAGCUCAGCUGGAGCUUGAAAACAAAGAGCUGCGUGAACUAUUGUCAAUCAGCAAAGAAUCUUUUGAGGUGGGGAGAGAAGAUCUGCCCGACUGUGAAGCUUAGGCCACAAAAUAACCUUAUCUCCAAAUCUUGACUUCAGAGACUAUUAUGAAACUACCCUUCAAGGAUGGGGUUUGAUUUGCCCUUUCAGGUGUUUCCUUGUAUGUUUGUUUUAUCUUUCAAAAUGUGUGGGCUGUUUUCUCUGCAUUUUUCUGAAAUUACGUACUCUUGAUGGCAAAGGCUUGCACUGCUGCUCCGUCCUAGUAAUUGCAGCGUAAAGAUGCUUAACAAUUAAGUAUUUGAUGUGUCCUCUGUUGUGAUAGUUCAUUUCCUCUCCCAUUUGUUAUUUUUUUAUGAGCUUUAGUUAAUAAUUCCAACUGUGCAGGUGGCACUUAAAUCCACCCUGUCAGUAACUAGAGAACAUAAUACGGGUUGUGAUGAUUGUAUUUGAUAGAAGGAAUAAGAGAUUAUUCAAAAACUACACUGUAAAUGUCAGGUACGCACUUUGCUCCGCCUGCACAAAGCAGGCACGCGGAGCUUUCUUUUUGCUUUGAAGAGCUGGCGCUCGGCUGGGUUAUCAUCGGACAACUGCUCGAAGCAGACGGAGAGAAGGGCAGAGAGCGGCAGAGCACUGAAGUGGUAACUCAUAACAGGAGCGUGCUUUACCUUGGUUUAGGGGUGAAACUCAGAGUGGAUGACCCUUUCUGGCACCCGUGCAUUUUUGAAGGAUGCUGGUUUUUUUGAAGGACUAAUGUUUUUUUGUGGGCAGACCUUUGCCAAUGCUCCAGGGUGUGGGUGAGCUCUGACCUGUGCUGGGACCCGCACGGAACACAGUGCGUCCAGACCAGAGCGGAGUCUGCCUCAAAACUAAGCCAAAGCACCAUCUGGGCAGGUUUUUAAUGUUACGUCACAGGUAAGUUCAGCGACAGAUGUUACGUAGUUAUUGCCGAAUCCUACAUUGAGUGAAAUGAGAGUUGCGGUAUUGUAGGAAUUUAUCAAUAUUGUGAUAUUUGUAAUGACAUUUUUAUAUAAGGAUUUCUGUCUUUCUUAUCUGUGAUCAAAGAAUAAUCCUCCAAGAACAGUAAACGUGUCAUUUUCAAUAUUAGUUUAAAUUUUUAUGCUACUUUUCCUCCCCAAGUGAGAAUCUUGAUAAAUGCAGAAGGUGAUUUACAUUCCUGUGCUCAGUACAUUUUCUUGCAACUGCUUGGAAUAUUCAGCAAGAUUGUUUGGUGGAUACAAGGGAUUUCUGUACGGGAGUGUUCUUGUGUACAAUCCUUUUCCAUUGGAAAUUGAUUGAGAGGGAAUAAAAGACCCCAACGGGCAGCAUU